AUGAAAGUCUCCACGGUGCUGGUCACUUUUCUAAGUGCCUCGUCUGCGUCAGCAAAGACCUACCGACGCCAGGACUCGCUCAACAACAAGCCCUACUGGGCUGCGCUGGGCUGUGACCAUCUGAUUGGAGGUCACUACAAGUUCAACUUCCCCAAGUUUGACAGUAGCACUGUCAAGUCCAGAAAGCAGAUUCUCGAGGAGUACUGCAAGGUCAUGCCCUUCAUCCAGAGUAAACUGCUCUGUUAUCAGGGGGCCAUUGAGCCUGAACACUACCAUACCCAGGUGCGAAAACAGAUCAUCCAGGGCUGUCCCAACUACCUGACUCUGGAGAUGACCGAUGAGUGGCUUGCUAACGCCACUAAAAUUGCCGUUGAACCCGAAGAUCCCACCGAAAUCCUCUAUCUUCCCGUCCCGUUUGACCGAGAACAUUGGGAGGAGGAGUACGAGGAGGUCAAACCUCACUACGUUGCCCUAGAUUACGCGUCGUACUACGGAGUAGCUCUGCUGGCCUACUGGGCCCUGGUGUUCGUUAUUGGAACAAUCAUCAACUUCUCUCAGCACGCUCUAUUCAGUGUGUACAAGAAGGUCGGCUUCAACAAGUUCCGAAAGUACGUGUCUCUGCCGGCUCUGUUUGGUUACAAGCACUCUCAGCCAAUGGGCUGGGAUCCUCUCAAGAUGGCUUCACCCACUCGAAUCCAGUCGCUGGUUGUUCUGGGGUACUUGAUCAUGGCCUUCGUGCUCUGUUUCCCCUCCUACCCUUUCGAUGACGACUACGAGGAGGCCGGUCCGUGGGGAGCUCAGCUGGAGGCGUUUGUUGCCGACAGAACAGGAAUCAUGUCCUUUACCCAGGCCCCUAUCGUAUUUCUGUUUGCUGGAAGAAACAACCUGCUCAUGUGGCUCACCGGCUGGUCCUUCGACACCUUCAACGUCUACCAUCGAUGGACUUCUCGAGUCAUGAUGAUCUACGCCAUCAUCCACUCGUGUAUCUGGACCUGGAUGUGUCGUCAUUCGCUGGCACGAGACGCUGCCGAGCUCUACUGGGUGCUGGGAACAGUGGCCACCAUUGCCGGCUCUCUCAUGUUGUUGCAGGCCAUGCACGUGUUCCGAUCCCGAUGGUACGAGAUCUUCCUGGUGUUGCACAUUGUCUUCGGUAUUCUCUUUGUCGUCGGUCUUUGGUACCACUGCUGGACCAUUGGCUGGAUGCAGUGGGUCUGGGCCACCAUUGCCGUGUGGGGCUUUGACCGAAUCAUCCGAGUGUGUCGAAUUGCCUACUGCGGAGGCAUUGUCACUGGCGACUUUACUCUCGUCGACCGAGAACAGCUCAUUGUCAAGGCUGAAAUCCCCUGUUCGAGACUCUGGUCAAUCUACCCCGGAGCCCACGUCUACAUCUACUUCCUGUCGGGCAACAAGUUCUGGGAGUCUCAUCCCUUCACCAUUUACCAGUCGCCUGAGGCGUGCAAGAACGGCAAUAUGACCCUUCUUCUCAAGGCCAAGGAUGGAAUCACCUUUGAUAUUGUCACCCGGCUCGUUUCUGCCGGUGGAGCCCGGCCCAUGAAAAUGCUGAUCGAGGGUCCCUAUGGCGCCAAGCACCCCGUUGGCAAGUACGACUCUUCCAUCUACAUUGCCGGCGGUAUCGGAAUCACCGCCACCUACUCGUACGCGCAGAAGGUGGUUGCCAACUCCGUUUCUAAGAGCAUCAUCUUCACCUGGGUCGUGCGAGGCGACUCGUGUCUCGAGUGGUUUGGAGACGAGCUCGAGUACCUGCUGGCCGACCCCCGAGUCCGGGUGAACCUCUACAUCACCAAGAUCGACAAGAAGGAAGGUCUGGCUGAAGAGCUCGCCGAGGAGGCCUGCGAACUCGAGUCCAAGUCUCCCGAAAAACUCUCCAUCACCUCCUCCAACAGAGAUAACCUCAACAUCCAGCACUUCCGGCCCCACAUGGCCGAGCUGCUGCCCGAGUACCUCAAGGAGAGCCCCGGCUCUACCGCCAUUGUAGUCUGUGGCCCUCCCGCCAUGAACGAUGACGUCCGACAGGCUCUUUGCGCCAACAUUGAGUCCAAGUCCGAGCGAGUGGACUACUUUGAGGAGUCCUUCUCAUGGUAG